CGACAAGAGACCUCUCAUUCUGCGAUCUCUUCAUUUGUGAUAUACAUUUCAAUUGAAAAGUUCUUGGAAGAAAAGAUCAAAUAAUAAAAUUACUCUGGAAGCAAUUUACUAAUAAUCAUGGCACAGUACGGAAAUAAUUACGGCGGUGGUCAAAACCCGUAUGCUCAACAAAAUUCACCAGGCUAUCCUCAAUCGCCUCAAUACGACAAUGGAGCAGCCAUGGGACGAGACUCUUAUGGUGGACAAAAUGUUGAGAUGGCAUCCUUAGCACAGAACGGAAGUCAGCCUGGAGAACAAUAUGAUCCCAAUGCUAUUCUCAACCGAUGUCGCCAAAUCGACGUUGAAAUCGACAAUACUGCGCGAGGUAUUGGAGCACUGGAAGCACUACGUGGUCGAAUCAAUAGGGAGGUUGAUCAAGGCGGUAUCACCAGAGACCUCGAGGAUAUUUCAGCCCAAACCAUGGCGUCUCAGCGAGAUAUCAUCGAAGAGCUUCGAAAAACCAAACUCAUGCCAGAUGCUGGGAGCGACAUGAAUACCAAACAAAUCGGCAGAGUGCAACGCAAACUCAAGAAGACCAUGGAAGAAUUCAACGCGAAAGAGCAACUGAUUAAGAAUGCAGUUCGUGAUCAAAUGAGAAGAGAAUAUCGUAUUGUCAACGCAGACGCCACCGACGAGGAGGUUGCUGCUGCUGUACCGGAUUCAGAGCCCCAACAAAUGUUUCAACAAGCUUUGAUGACAAGCAACAGACAGGGGCAAGCCAAUACGACUUUGAAUGCUGUCAGAGAUCGAAACGCUGCUAUCAAGAAGAUUGAGCAAGAUAUUAUACAAAUCGCAGAACUGUUCUCACAGAUGGAGAACCUGGUUGUACAACAAGAAGCUGCUGUGGUCAACAUUGAAAUGAAGGGCGAAGAAGUUGUCGAGAAUAUGGAUAAGGGAGUUCAACAAAUUGAUACGGCAAUUGUCAGUGCGAGAUCAAGAAAUAGAAAGAAGUGGUAUUGCUUAGGUCUUGUUGUCAUCAUUGUUGCCAUUAUCGCAAUCGUCUUAGCUGUACACUUCACCAGUAACACAUCAAACGACAAUACCAAACCUGCUGCCAAGAGAGCGGUUAUUCCAGGUACCGACUUCACUACAUCAGAUAGACUUGUCGUACCAGGAGCGAGCUUCGUAGAAUCAAGAAUGGUGGUUGCAGGCAAGGAUUGGAGUGAAGAAAAGGCAGUUGUUCCAGGUGCGGACUUCACACCUGUGGUUAGAAAGUGGAAGAAAUUCAUCGCAUGAGUGGGAUGAAUUUUCGAAUGAGAGGGAAAUGAUGUUUGUAUAUGGCAGGCCCAGUUGCGCUCUUGAUGUUUCGAUUUUCUUUUGUCUUUUCUGCGAAUAUGCAUGUGGUACUGAACUCAUAUCAAAUGAGCUGUGCAUAAAUAAGAUUUGGGCGUAUAUGAUGACUUUCCAGUUCAAGGACUGAAGAAGAGUAGGAAAGGGGAAAAUUGUCCUUUCUAACACAAGCACGUUGAGAUGAGACGUGCCUCGAUACAAAACAUUUCUUUGUGUAAGAAUAAUAGGUUCAUAUGGGAGGAAAAAUUAUAUACCAUACUUUACUUUACUUUUCUCUAGUUGCAACAACCAUCAUGUUGCGUUCAUUCGCUUCGUUUGAUAUAGGGGUUGGGGAGUUCUCCGUUUCCUUAGUUUUGAGAGGAGAGGGUGGGAUUGAUGUUUAUAUAGAAUAUUGUAGUGUUGCUUUUAAUAUACGGUAGCGUUUUGUAAUGAAUCUUAACUGAAAUU